AUGUCCAACUGCUGCUGCGAACAUGAGCAUAACGAGCCACCCCCAAUUGCAACCUAUCCAAAUCAAUCAUUAUACGAAUGUAUGGAUCUAAAUAAAAUUAAAAUCUUGAAUGGUGUCUAUAAAAAUGGAGAGAAAAAUUAUAAAAAUUUCAUUAAAACUCAAGAGAGCAAAGAUGACAACUCUUGCUUUUUAGAAUCCGAUUGUGAUUGUCAACUAGUCAUCCAUAUACCAUUUACAAAAUCAGUCAAGUUAUACAGUAUGAUAUUACGUUCUGCUUUUAAUGACCAAGACGAUAAUUUAGGAUCUCUUCAUCAUGUUCAUCUAUACAAGAAUUUUAAUAAAAAUAUAGAUUUCGAUACUUUAGAAAAUGCAAAAAUCACUUACAGCAUCGAACAUAUAAGAAAUAACAACGGGAGUGAGGACGUGGAACACUAUUUACCAAGACAUCAGUUUCAAUCUGUUGACUCUUUAACUAUUUUCAUCCCAGAUAAUUAUGAAGAAGAUGAAGAUUUAUUAAGUAGAAUAUAUUACUUGGAACUAAGAGGCGACUUAAGCGUUAACAGUGGGGAUAAAAGACAGGAAUUUCAUUUGAAAAGUAGUGUUUUUGAAAGUGCACCAAAUCCAUUAGAUCAUGUAAAAUUGCAAGAGGAACCAGGCAGUAGUAACAUGAUACAAUGA